ACACAGCCGAUUCCGUAGCAUGUCAGGCAUGGAUCUACUAGGACUAGGAGCUGGUAAAAACUCUGAAAAAAAGACACACAACCAUGUUCCUGAUGGUGCAUGUUGUGCGGGAGACAAUGCAAAUUCAAGUAAAGAUCAUCCUAUAUUUGCAGCAGUAAAAUCUGGAUUAUUGGUUCCAGUUCAAACCAUAGCUGAGGAUGGGCCUGAAGUUUUUAGUAUGCAAGAUGAGAAGGGUCACACACCUGCUCACUGGGCAUGCCUGGGAGGUCACAUGACAAUCCUUAGAUUCAUUAUGGACAGUAAAGGUCCAGUGGAUCAGCCAAGCAAUAAUGAGCUCGGUGCCCACCCAAUCCACUGGGCGUGUGUGAAUGGACACAUUAACAUUGUGGAUGUGUUACUUCAGUAUGGAGUGAACAUUGACACAACUGACUUAAAAGGUUGUACACCACUGAUAGUGGCAUGUCAGUAUGGGCAUACAAUGUUAGCAGGGUAUUUAAUGGGCAAGGGAGCCCGCUUACAAAUGGUUGACAAAGAUGGGGAUAAUGCUUUACAUUGGGCAUCCUUUAAAGGUCAUUCCGAGCUUAUGAGACUGCUGAUUUACUCCGGCUUUAAUCCUCGUCAGAAAGACAACUAUGGACAGACACCUCUUCACUUAGCGUGCAUUAAUGGCAGCUUAACAGGUGUAACAGAACUCUGUGAACAGGACGGUGUGGAGGUGGAGGUGGCAGAUAAGAACGGGAAGACUCCUCUGAUGCUGGCCUUUGGUAGAAAACACGAAGAAGUCUGUGAUUACCUCCAGAGGCAGAUUAAAAAGAAGAAGAGUUUACUGCCUAAAAUUGACUUUUAUACAAUAGCAUUUGGUCCUCCAGGAAACAGUAAAGGAGCCAUUCUCUUCUUCAUGGUCAAUGCCAUUUGCUGGGGAUACCCAAUGUAUAUAUUUAAGUGUUUGCCAUAUACCUGGAAUGAGCUUCAGUUAUUCCAUAUCUUCUUUUUCUUCGUAAACAUUGCCAUGUGGAUUUGUUUGUUUCAUGCCAGCACAACAGAUCCGGGGUUCCUUCCUAGAAACAUACCUGAAUAUGAUAUGGCUAUAAAACAAGUAGCACAUUUUGAUGAGUGGAAGCAUGGUGAGAAUCCUUUGAGUCGGCUCUGUCACACGUGUCGGACGGUCAAACCACUCCGCUCCAAGCACUGUAGAGUGUGUAACCGCUGCGUCAAGGUGUUCGACCAUCACUGUCCCUACAUCUAUAACUGUGUGGGAUACUAUAACAGGCCCUGGUUCUUCAUGUUUGUCCUCACCAUGUUUGGCAAUGUUCUCUUUACGGACUUCUUCUGCUACCAUCUUCUCUCUGAGUUUGGCUGGGAUUGGAUUGUAGUUAUAGGAGCAGUCGAGGCAGGUGUUGCCACCGUAGCGGUCACGGCAGUGACCGUCCUCAUGACUUUCCAUGCCAUAUACAACAUCACAGCUAAUGAGAGAGUGAAUUACAAGAGGUAUAAGUACUUAAUGGAUGGUAAAGGAGCUUUUUAUAAUCCAUUUAACAAAGGAAUUGUUCACAACCUAAAGGAAUUCUUCUUAAUGAUUCCACCAAGGACUGAAAAGGAUGUGGAAAUUCUGAAUGUAUGAUUUAACUGAUUUUAUCCAGAUGAAUGCAUGAUAGAACAAGGAGUAGGAAAAUAUUUUUUAUUUGUUUGCAUUUGUAUGCAGUUGUUCUUCCCCAACUGUUAUGGCUUUGAAUGUGCAGGUGCAAUCAUUUUAUUUUAUUGGUAACUUGAGUUGUGUUUUAUUCUCUCUCUUUAUUUUAAUACCUCUGUGUGUUCUUAUGUUCUAUCAUUAUUAUAAUAUUUGGUGCCAAAAAUAUCAGAAUCAUGUACAUGAAGGUGAAACCUCUUUCCAUUACACUGUGGUAAAAGAAACUCAAGUUCAAAUUUUCAUUUGCCUCGAUAUGUGCAAAAUUGCCUUUUUUCCAUUUAAACAAAUUCACAUUUUAAGCAUUAUUCCGAAAAAUUCCAUGACAAUCAUUUUAGGAAGCAGGUACAUAUACAGUAUACAUUAGUUUUAUCUAAUACAAUGUAAAUGUAAAAAAUGCAUCCAUGUUAUCAAUUAAAAUUGUUAAAUAAAGCAAAUAUUAGAACUGAGUUGUACAAAUUGAUUUAACAUCUUUAUUGUUUUAUUUCAUUCAGCUGUUUUUUUCACGUGAUUAUUUUUGUGACUUUAGCAUUUGAAGUGGAAUAACACAUUGUGAGAGAAUGUACAGUGAGGAGAUUUUGAUAGUAUUUAUAUGAUGAGUCUGGUGUGUGAGAUCUAUUGAUACUGAUUGAAUGAUUUUUUUUUUUUAUAUAAAUAUAUGCAGUAUGAAAGAGAAAUCUGACAGUAAAUCUUUCUAAUGAAUCAGAAUGUUUUAUUGCUAUAUCUGUCCUUUAUUGUCAAGAUGUACUACUCCAGUAUACCAAGAAUUUUAAUAAAGGGUUUUUUUCCCUGUUUAAUUAAUGAAUAUAUGUUAAAAUUGUUUUGUAUAUGCAACAAAUGAAUGUAAAUGUGAUGACCAAAAAAAAAAACUGUCUAAAGGCAAUUGAUGAAGUCCACUCUUUUAAUCUUGUUGGUUUGAAUGUUUUGUAUAAGUGUAGUGCCCAUUUCUUUUGAUGCAUGUCUGUUCAGUGAGUUAGGAAGGUACAUGUACAAAGCAUAAUAUCCAAUUUUUGUAUGGAUUGUGAGUUCAAAUUGUUACAACUCAUUAUAUUUGUUCAGAAUCAUUAUAUUAAAAAUGAAAUAAUUUUAUUACGUAUUGUAUUUUAAUCAUAAUUUUAUUGAUUUAUAAUAAAUAUAUUUGCUAUUAAA